AUGAGCGACUCGACACCAGCACGCCGUCCAUUCCGCGGCUCAUGUCACUGCGGUUCCAUCAAGUACAUCGUCUUCCUCACACUCCCUCACAAACCGCUCUCAGCCGACACGCCCCCUCCCGCCGACUCCCGCUCCCACCAGGAGUUCUACCGCUGCAACUGCACGGCCUGCCACAAGGCCGGCCACUUCCACAUGCGUCUGACCUGGGCGCCCGAGGACUUCAUGCUGCUCUCCCCGCCGGAUCCCAUGGCCGAGCUUGCAGAUUACAGGUGCAACUCCGGAGGCUUUCACUGGCCCUUCUGCAAGACGUGCGGCGGGAAGUGCUUCAUCUUCGAGGGCGAGGGGCAGACGGCCGAGGUGGACCUGGACGAGAUGGGCGUCAAGGACAAGGACGGGAGCAAGAUGGGCAAGAGGACCAUCUGGCGGCCCAAGGCUGAGGGCUGGAACGAGGAGAGCGGAUCCGGGUGCUAUCUCAGUGUGAAUGGGUAUACCGUCGAUGUGGCGCAGGAGGGAUUUGAAUUGGGUGAGUUCACGACCAACGGAUGGGUCGCGUACAUUGACUGCCUUGAGCUCAAUGGUCCGGAGCGGGAGCCGCGGUAUGAUAAGCCUUACGAGGGCGGCGCCUUUUGA